UUCCCGAAGCGAGGGCCCGGCCAGUCUCCCGCGGCAGCCGCAACCGCUGCGGAGGCGAGAGCUUCGCCCGCGGCGGGAACCGGCUUUUCAGGACCGCCUCGCGCGAUGUGGCAACUCUUUUUGCCGACUCGGACGUUCCAGGCAGCCCCGUGUUCGCGAUGACGGCUCAGAAGCUGCUGUAGCCGCGCGAAGGCGCCUUUCCAGUGAGCAGGCUCGGCCGGUCGAGGGGAGGACGGCGCGGAGGAAGGCUCCGAUGGAUGACAGCCGCUGCAUCGACCAUGAGCCCCAGCCUUCCCCGACCACCUUCAAGGUUUACAAGCGGCGCUGGAUUGUCCUGACGGUCGUCUGCCUGGUGAAUUGCUCCAAUGCGAUGCUAUGGUUGACAUUUGCUCCAGUGGCUGACUUAACAGCUGAACGAUUCCAUACCUCAUUGGACAUGGUCAACUGGCUCUCCAUUGUGUACUUUGUGGUCUCAGUUCCUGUGGGGUUUCUAGCAAUAUGGAUUCUGGACACCAUUGGACUUAGAUGUGCUGUGCUGCUCUGCGCCUGGCUCAAUAUGCUGGGCAGCAUCAUUCGUAUUUUCAGCAUUGUCGAUGGCCUGAGCUUGGGCUCCCUAAACUACAUCUACCUGCUCGUAGGACAGUGCCUCUGUGCCGGGGCCCAGCCACUCGUCAUCUUUGCACCAACUAAGCUAGCGGCCUUAUGGUUCCCUGAAGACCAACGAGCCACAGCCAAUAUGAUUGCCUCUAUGUCCAAUCCAUUGGGCAUGCUCAUAGCUAACCUAUUGUCACCUGCACUUGCUCCGGAAGAAAAAGAUAUUCCUUUAUUGAUUGGAGUGUAUGCAGCUCCUGCUAUCCUUGGUUGUAUCUUGGCCACCUUCGGUGUUUGCAGUGGUGUUCCCCCAACUCCACCUUCAGCAAGUGCCGAUCAUUCAAAUUCACCAUCUUUCUGUGAAGGUUUGAAAAUGCUUAUCCGAAAUAAGCCUUACAUCAUCCUGACCAUCUGCUUUGCCACGGGGAUAGCACUAUUCACGUGUGUCAGCGCUCUGUUGGAACAGAUCCUGUGUGUCAAUGGAUAUUCAGACUUUUUUGCAGGUUUGACUGGAGCCUUGUUCAUUAUAUUUGGGCUCAUCGGUGCCUUCUUCCUUGGACUAUAUGUAGAUAAGACAAAGAAAUUUACAGAAGCUACCAAGUUCAGUUUUAUUCUAAGUGCCUUGACUUGCAUUGGAUUUUCAGUGGUAUGUCAGAUGAGAAACCAGCAAUAUGCUGUGGCAAUAUUCAGCUGUCUUUUUGGGUUAUUUGGAUUUUCUAUCUAUCCCGUCGCUAUGGAACUAAAUGUUGAAUGCUCUUAUCCUGUAGGAGAAGGAACAUCAUCAGGGAUCAUUUUUGUGAUCAGCCAGAUCCUAGGAGUUCUCUUCAUACUUCUGUUCCAAAGCUUGGCUGUGGAAAAAAAGAAUGCCCCAUUCUCUACAUGUGCUUCAUCUCUAGGUCCACCAAUGGAUUGGACAAAUUCAACACUACUGAUGAGUGGAAUCAGCACUGUAACAGCCUGUUUCUUUAUCAUUACAUUUCACACUAAUUAUAAGAGGAUCUGUGCAGAAACAUCUCAAAGCUGUUCCACCAACAAAACAGAAGAUGAAGAUAUUGCAGUAACAGCAUGAGAUGAAGUAUUUCCAAAUGAACUCUGGACUAACCAUGUGCCUAAAAGUCAGCUGACACAUCAGACACCUCAAGUGCCAUAAAUUCAGUAAAUUAUAACUUUGUGAUAAUUGACUGUAAAA